ACACACACACACUCUCUUUCUCUCUCUCUCUCUCUCUCACUCCUCUCUCCCACACUCUGUUCAAUCUGGCACUGAGGAGGGGUAAACAAAGGAGGAGAUCUCAUUUGGUUCCUGAACUGUUGCAGCGCUCAGUGCUGCCACACACAAAUUUCUCUCUCUCUCACACACUCACACACACAUAUACACACAUACGCACACACACACACACACACACAGGGGUAUUGGCAGGAGAAGACCCUGAACAGUCCAGGACCGGUCUGGACUCACACCUGCCAGCACUGACAGAGCAGUGCUGAAAGAAGAAGAAGAAGAAGAGGAGGAGGAGGUGAUACGAGUGGAGAAAGGGACGAGGGUGAGGAGGAUAAGAGGAGUGUGUCGUUUCGUGUUCUGCUGAAUCCCCCCUACCCCAACCCCACUCCUGGAUCGAGCCCACAGCUGACGAUGGAGAACACAUGAGGAAGAGAGAAAGCUGCAGGGAUGCUCGUGGGGAAAAAAAUGCUGCUGAGUAAAGUUUGUGGAUAUUUCUAGAGGGAAUUUUUAGCCCUUGAACUUUGGGGAGGAAUCAGCGAGGACUGUGUGCAGACUGCAACGAGGGAAAAGCCUGCAGGUGGGACUUUGGACAAAAGGGCUUUUCCCAGCAGCAUGGCGGCCACCAUCCCUUCCUCCUGCCAUCUUUUCCUCUCCUUCUUCUUCUCCCUCCUUAUAACCCAGCCUGCCCUCACCCAGGACCCGCCUGUCACCACGAUGACGGUGACCAAAGGCGACCCGUUCAUCGUCCCCACCACACUGGCCAACCAGACGACUCCCAGCUUCGUGGAGACGACCCAAAACACCCCUCUGGAGACGGGGUUGUCCACGCCGACGAGCGGCGGGGACGCGGACGAUGAGGACGUCCCCCCGGCUGGCGGGACCCGUUGCCAGGGUUACUACGACGUGAUGGGUCAGUGGGACCCACCGUUCAACUGCAACGCCGGCGUCUUUCUGUACUGCUGCGGUACCUGCUUCUACCGCUUCUGCUGCCAGUUCCGCCAGCAGCGGCUGGACCAGAGCAUCUGCUCCAACUACGACACGCCCAUCUGGGCCAACACCGGCAAGCCCGUGGCCACCAUCACCGAGGGCCAGGGGGACCAGGACCGGGACCGCACGCACCUCAUCGUCUACAUCAUCUGCGGCGUGGUGGCCAUCAUGGUGCUGGUGGGCAUCUUCACCAAACUGGGCCUGGAGAAGAGCCGCGGGGGGAGCGGGGGAGGAGGAGGAGGAGCGGGAGCGGGACACGCUGACCUCAACUCCAGGACGCUGACAGACCUGCUGAAGCAGCAGGGAGGUGAGGUGAGCUCGGUGGAAAACACCACGGCCAGUUCGCCCAGCGGAGGGAGAGCCAACGGCGUCUCAGCCAGGAUUCUGCGCAGCAGGAGUGAACAGUACCAUCUGAAUAACUCGGCGUACGGGCCGUUUGGACAAGGGCUUCCGCACCCGCACAGCAACCACAGCACAGUGGGACUGAACAAAUACACCUCCCUCAAAGCUGUGGCGGACAGUGCGUCUCGUAGCUACUACAAGAGCUUCCCUCUCAUGGACUUCUCUCAAUACCAGCCUGUGGCACCUCCUGCCUUCCAGCCUGUACCAGUGCAGCCCAAAGAGAAGUCCUACAUCCACCAGCCCCUGCCAGCGCACCACGACCUCCACGCCCCGCUGUCCAUCUCCAUCCCCUCCAGCCAUCUGGAGCACGCACGCCUCCCCAAGACCACCACGCACCCACUCCUCUCCAGCUCGGCCUUCAAAGCCUGGGAGCCGAGCGGCCGCCACGUUCACAGGCAGACCUCCGCCCCGGGGCACACGACGUCCUCUUCCUCCUCCGUGCACGGCUCCACCCGAAGACACGCCUACUCGACCCGGAGGCAGCAGAGCAUAGAGAACAUGCCGGAUCUUUUCAACCAGCCCUACGUGGGGAUGUAUGGAGGAGCUGGAGGGGGGGCAGGGCAGGGGCAGCACGUCCAGGGGCAGCACCCAUCUCAACCAACCUACUACCACCACACCAGGCAGAAGAGCUACUCCACCCACAGCACGACCGAGGUGACCGUCUGAGUGCCAGCACCUCAGAGAGAUGUCUGCUGCAAUGUCACACAUACUAACAAAAGGCUUUGGUGUUAGCUAAAUGCCAGAGUUUGGGACAGUUGGCCCAACACAUGAGGAAUAUUAAACAGGGAGACACAUUCAGAUUUAAGAGAUGAACAGGGGAAACAGUGAGGUUAAGGCAGUACCACCACUUACAGAUUAAAGGACUCAGGUAGUAAAGGUUAUUAUUGGACUCGCAGGGGUCUUGUACAUCAUAUAAAGUAUAGAGACUCUACCAAGGUUGUUUAAAACCACUCUCAGGCUCCUAAAGGUCACACAGCCUUCACAGAUUCUCAACCACCACAGUGUUUGGAGCUAGUGUGGUUUCAGCGCAGUUGUACAGGCCUUACAGGAAUAUGAACAGAAGAACAGAGCAACAAAAAUCUUACUUGCACCACCUCUAGGAGCAGGAGCAAGCUUGAUUUUAUCCGCGACGAGUUUUUAUGUGUUGGUGUCGAGUCAGAUUUGGCAGAAAUAAACAGAGAGAGUUCUCGUUAGCCGAGAAACUCUGGUUGCGUUUAGGUACAGUCGGUCAUCGGAACACGCAGCUGCAAAAUAACAAACCGGCUCACAGUCAGGUUUGGACGGUAAAAAACAUUCCAGGCUACACUUUCUGAAACGGUCAAUUCAAAGAGAUAUUUACUGUAUAAACAUGCAGCUAUUGUCAUUCACUACAUUUGAUGUAAAUGUGGUUUUUAACCUUUAAGUUCUAUGUGUGGUUCACCUACAGGCUGAAGAGUUAGACCUCAGGAACUAUUCACUUUGCAUCAAUAACUCAUAUGUUCUUCCACACCCACCCACAGCCCCCUGUCUUUUAAAGGGAUAGUUCAACAUUUUGCUUCGACUUAAAGAAGAAGAUUGAUACCACUCUCACAUCCAGUCAGCAGCCAAUUAGCUCAGAAUUAAGAAUAGAUUUAACAAUCAAGAUAUAAUGUGAUAAUUAAUGAGCUUUAGAGGUGCUGUGAGGAGGAUUGAGCUACUUUUAGACAGAGCCAGGCUGGCUGUUCUCGAUACGAGUCUUAUGCUACAGCUAAGUUAGCCAGCAGUUAGCUGUAGCGUACAGACAUGACAGUGUAUCAAAUCUUCAGAUCAAACUCUUUAUAAGAAAAUAAAUAAGUCAUUCUUUUACAAAAUGUCAAAGCUAAACUGAUUAAAUUACAACAGGGGCAUUAGUGAGCUAAUUACUGCAGAAAAUGAGAAGAGAAACAUGGUGUAAAAAGGUAAUGUCACCAUGGAAAUCCCAGGAAUAAUAAUAAUAAUAAUAAUGCAUUUCAUUUUUCAGCAUCAGGAUUUUUUUUCUCUAAAAUUGUUUGCAGUGGUGGUUGAGACAUUUGGAAAUGCUUCACAGUUUCAGUGGGUGAGCUUUUUUUUUUCUGCCAAACACUAUUAAAUCGGAUUUGGAAGUUCAAAAUCUCAGCAUCAGGACAAGAAUUUUAUAAAAAUUGUUGAUUGCAACAAAAUCUGGCCACACUGGACCUUCUACAUCCUCAAAAGCUGAUAACAUUUACAUCUCUGUGAAGCAGCAGCAACUUUUACUUAACUGAAUCACAGAAAAACGAUUCAGAAAAAUCAUCAAGGCAUUGAAAUUUAGAUUUAAUUUAGAAGAUUUAAGUUAGACGAGCUCCAUUUAAUCUAUAUCACGUACCAUUUAGUAACAAUAUAAUGAUAAAUCAUCUAAAGUUCAGGUCAUUUCCAGGCCUCAUAGAUGCCUUUUUGAGCAGUUCUUUGACAAGUUUCCUCCUGUUCUUCUUGUAAAAACACCUCUACUCUGUUGCAUCUCUCAGUCUACCUCCAUGAACAGCCGUUUGCUCCUCGUUCCUUUCUAUCCCCCCCCUCGGCCUCUCUCACCCUCAUUCCACGACGAAGCGCUUUGCAUUCUGUGCCAUCAGGCCAAGCACACGGGGACAAGCAUCCCCGGGGUCACAUUAACUCGACGGUGAGGACAAUGCCACCAUCAUGUCAGCUCCCAUCAGCCUCCAUCCCAACCAGAGAGAUGAAGAGGAGGGAGGAGAGGGACAGCGUUAAGAGCCAGAGGCUGGGACUCUUUAGAAAAGAAGAGAAAGGGAGGAGAGAGAAGAGAAAAAUAGAAAAAACAAAUGUACAGGGCUGCAUGUUUUCCUUCCUCGGGGGAAGGAAAGGGAAGGAGUCACUGUGGAUCUGGGUCUCUCUCUGCUGAACUGUCUGGGUCAUAACUCAGAGAGUGUGGACGCCUGCGUGUAACUUCCAACCCCCUGGCAGCAUUUGCAGGGGAAUUUGCCGAGGCAUUUCCACGCCCGGAGCGUUAGACAUUUCUUGUUUUGUCUCUGAAGGCUGGACAGCAGAGGACACUGUGCAGAGCUGUGGCUGCCGCUAUGAACACGCAACAGUUAAUGCAACGCUUCCACUGUACUUGUUGGUGACGGUUCAAAUCUGCAACACCCUCAGGAACUGCACAAUGAAGCAAACUGUUAGCGAUGAUUGCACACGCGUCCAGAAAUACUUCCAUAAGGUUGUGUAAUAAUAUUUGUGCUGAAAGAGCUGAGAGGAUUUUAUGAUGCGAUACUUUUUAUUGUCAAAGUGUGAGGUGGUUUCGCAGCAACUGAGAUGAAAGGUGACAAAACAUACAAAAUAUAUAUACACCUACAAGAGCUCAAGUCUGAGCUGCAGCGUUAACCUCCCUCACAUGCUUUAAUAUCACGUUGCCCAUUCAUAAAGUACAAAAUCUGGAGGCAUCCAUGAUCCUCCAAGCAACUAGUGAGAACUCUGUAUCACUGAAAUCUUCCCAGAUGCAGGACAUGUUAUCAAGGAAGUCUGGCAAAGUCAUCUACAUCUUUUUGGCCUGAAUUUAUAGAUUUGUUGGCCACUUAAGUGCAGCAGAAACAAGAUGUGAACAACACGCUUUUGCAGCAGAUACAAAGCAACAUUAUCAGUCACUUGGAGUAAUGUUGGAGUAACUUGACCUGAAUGUUUCUCCUUUCAGCUGAGGUUUAAUCUCUUUUAACUUCUUAAGCUUUCGCUGCUAAAUACCCGCACUAUGGCCACUAACUUUAACUGUCGGGUAGUUGACAGUUGAGCUUUUUCCCUGACAGGAGCUGCCGAUGAGAACUGUGAGCCUGAACCAAAACAGUGAAGUUGCAAUGAGCUGAAAGAUGCUAAAACAUGCAGCAGAGCAGGGUCAGGUGAAAAUAAUGAUAUACUGUUUUAAAAGAAGCUUUGAUUCCUCUUGAGGAAACCACUGAAGUUGCUUCAGGCUUUGGGGGAGUCUCCAUAACAGAUUAAGUCGUCUAAGUAAGAUUAUUGUGAUUUAAAAUUUGGUAUCUAAGAAGUAAAGCUUGAUUAAGGAUAGAAGUUAUUUUCAUGACACCAGCUGCAACACAGGAAGACUUAAAACUAUUUUUAACUUCAUACCUAAUAAACCACAGCUGCAGUCUGGAGAUGAAUUCAAAUUUAGUUUCUUUUUUUAAAGUGAGAGUCUAGUUCUCAUCAAGUAUUCAGAACUGUUUUAUGCCGUCAGGUGGCAGCAAAUAACUGCACAAUUCCUGGAAAAUAUGACUUUUGUCAAUAAGAGAAGAAGAGUAACAGAAAAUAGAAUAAAGUCUGCUUUCUCUCCCACUGCCAGAAUCUGUAACUUUUCAAAAAGAAAAGACUCUGACACUAGCAGACUAGUGAGUUUUGUUCAUAAGCCCCAGUUCCCAACCAGAUAGUUAAGGUUUGAUGAGAUACUCGUACUUUAACUAUCCACACAGUGUAUUACAACCAGUUCUGGUGGGUAGCGUGUUAAUAAAUGACACUAAGAACACUGUGACUGAUGUCGUUUUCAUCUCUCGGUCAGUGAACACAUCACUUCUCCUCUUGAUGCUUGAUGUUGUGAGUUUCAAAUGUUUAAGAUUUGCUGGUUUAGAGGCACAAAAUCAGUUUUUAUAAGCAAUAGAUUUAGUUCUUUGCCAUGAACAAGUGCUUCCAAUGUUUUUCUCAAUAUGAAAUCAUGCAUUUCCUGCACCUGAAACAACUGUAUCCCUCUGUUCUUUGUAGCUGAAACAAGCCUCUUUUUUCAUCUAUUUAAGAUAAAUGUUUAACAUCUUGUGUACAUUUUGAUUCAGUCUUUUUGAACAUUUUUUUUAGGUUUUCUGUAGUGAAAACAUCGUCUGAAAAUCAUGUGUAUCUGCUUUGUUUAAGAAUAUUGUGUAAAUAUGCUUAUUUAAUGGAAUUUCCUAUAUAUUUUCUUUAAAUAAGGGCUGUAUGAAAUAAGUCAUUUUAAGAGUAUUUAUUAUAAUUGCAGUUGAUGUCAGAUUUUAACAGAAGCUAUUAUUUCAUGUUGGUGAUUUCAGUAACAUGAAACAUAUAUAUUAGCUGAGUUGUGCAAUUUUCUGAUGUGCAAUAGCAGAGGUUACAGUAGGCCUGCUGUAUUAAAUGUCACAUUUCUGCAAUGAGUUUUCACAUUUGUGGCAAAACACAGUGACACAAAUUAACUGUAGUGUAGGACAAAGCAACCAUAGAGAGGACAGGUUGUCUAAACCAUUGAUAAAUAAACAACAGUGACUGACAAAUGGGACGUUGUGCAAAAGCCAGUGGUGGCGAGUAUGAAUAAGCUUUGCUGCAGUUUGUUUAAACUGGUUUGUGCACAUACAGAGAGGAGAGUGUGAUAUUUAGUGCUGUGUGAGGAUACUGCGCUCUCACUAUUUAACCGCAUUAAAAUCAUUUCUUUGCACCAAGUGAAAGGAGGGAACUCAUCCCACUUUGACACUAUGAACCUCGUCAAGCAAGAGAACACAAGUAUAAUAAAUGUACAAAUACUAAUAUGAUAGUCAAGUAAAUCGAAAGUGUUUUGAUGUGAUAUACAGUAUGUAGCAAAACUGUGUAUAUACUGUAUGUACCUGUACUUCUUCUUACAACAAAACAACUGAUUUAUACCCAAAAUGUUCUCGACAAAUGUUCUUUACAGAGGAUUGUUUAGUAACUGAUGCCACUUUUAAAAGAUGAAAUAUUAAAGACUGUAAAAUAAAUAUGAGGCUUUGGUUUGACUCGUGUUUUCACUCCAACAAGCAGCAGGUAGUGAACUGGAUCAGCUAAAUACUCAACGAAACUCCCUGCAGCCGAAAACUAGCAACAACUUGAAAGCAGUCAGUUCUUAGUUAAUUUCACCAAGAUAUCAACUAGGUAACGGAGCUCUGUUAAUAGUAAAUAGGCUGUGUGCUAUUGAUUGGAUCAGAGCCCAAAAGCAUUAGCUAUAAUUAAGUUAUCUACCGAGAGGAGAUUAAUUAAGCACAAGUCUUAAUCUCAUGAAUAGUUGAAGGUAAAUGUCUUAACAACAUGUGACAAUAGUUUCUCCCAGCUGGGAUCUGAAGCAGUGACAAUCACAAACAUGUCCUAGUAACCACUGAUUCACCCGU